GGCGGGAGGGCGCGAAUCGCCGCCGCGCGCGCGAAGUGGGCGUCUCCCGGAGGAAGGGGCGGGGCCUCGCCGCUCUUUCUCCAAUGCGCGCGCGCUCUUUCGGUUUGCUCCGCGUUCCAGGCCGAGGCGACGUCGACGGCGAGGCUCAUUCCGCCUCACAGCGCUGAGGCGGCAAGAAGCAGGGGGCCUUCGCUGCCGCCGGACUGACUGACUCCCCCCAGCCUCGCCUCAUGGAGCCCGGCGGCCUUGCCCCGCCGAGGCUCUCUCACCGCCGCCGCCUCCUCCUGCAGGACCAGCCGCGCUGCCCCGCUCCGCAGCAGGGUCGCGGAGGCCUCCCCGAACCCGCCGGCCUCGCUCGCGCCGCCGACCGCCGGAGGAGCCUGGGCUGCGGCGGGUAAGGCAGGCGGCCGCCCUCGACUUCGACGCCUCUCGCCUCGCUGUGUGGUGUUGGGGGGCCUUUGUCCCGCUCGACACCGCAGAACUCCAACUCCCGUCAUGCUUUGCCGUCGGCCGCGCUCGCUGGGGCUGAUGGGAGUUGGAGUUCGGCGACGCCGCACACCUGGCUUUAGAAGCCGCUUCGUCUAUCCAUUGAGCAACUUAGUGGGACUAAGUAUAUAACCCAACUAGGGCUGUUAUAUUUACUAUUAUUAUCAUUAUUAUUAUUACUAUUUAUUAUUAUUAUUAUUAUUAAUUAUUAUGCCGCGCUCUUUCUCUGAAGCAGGACAAGGUGGCGUACAUGGUUCUCCUCGACACGUCUCUCUAUUUCUCUAUUUUCCCCUUUAUCUGCACACACAACAGCCCUGUGAGGCAGGUUAAGCUGAGAGAGAGCGACUGGCCCAACGUGAGCUUCAUAGUUCAGUGGGGAACUGAACCCUGGCCCAACACUCUUGAGCACUAUACCACUUUGAGCUUCAUCCUCCUGUUUUAGAAUUGGAUAGAAUAAUAAUUGGUUAUUAUUUUGCUGAUUUAUUUACUUGAUACGCUAAUAUUACACCAUUUCUCCAGGGAGUUCAAGGUGGCUUCCAUGCUUCCUCUCCCAACUCCCUCCAUUUUUUCUCUCAGCCUUUGAGGUAGAUUAGGCUGGCCCAGUGACAUAGCCCAGGGUCACCCAGUGAGCUGAGUGGGAAUUUGAAUGCUAGUAUUUCUGGUUUAUGAUAGCCACUUUGCUACCCUUGUUUUCUUAAGUAACUGAUCUCAGCAUGGAACCACUUUUAUGCUGCAUUUUUUAUUUAUGUACUUUCGUUUGUGUUUAUGUAAACUGGCAUUAUGUUCCAUUUGGUUGCCCUGAGAAGACUUCUUCACAAUGACGUGUGAUGUAACAGUAGUGUAUCUGAUUAUUUGCAGCUCAAGUGAAAAUUGCGUACAAACGUCAGAAGAAAAGAAUGUCAACCUGCAAAGGACGUCGUCUUCUGAAUCUACAGAUUCAGGUUUGUCUGCCUUCAGUCAUAAUAAUAAUAAUAAUAAAUUUUAUUUAUACCCCGCCCUCCCCAGCCGAGACCGGGCUCAGGGCGGCUAACAACCAAUAAUAAAAACAAGUUGAUUAAAAUACAAUUUAAAAAACAAGAUUAAAAUACAACAUUAAAACAUUAGGAUGCAGCCUCUUCACAGUAGGAGAAAGGAAAAGUAGAGGGGGAGGGAAUCAAAUUGAUUCUAAGCCAAAGGCCAGGUGGAACAACUCUGUCUUACAGGCCCUGCGGAAAGAAAUCAGGUCCCUGGUCUCAUGAGACAGAGCGUUCCACCAGGCCGGAGCCAGUGUUGAGAAGGCCCUGGCUCUGGUUGAGGCUAAUCUAACUUCCUUAGGGCCCAGGACCUCUAGGGUGUUGCUAUUUACGGACCUUAAGGUCCUCCGUGGGGCAGACCAGGAGAAGCAGUCCCGUAAGUACAAGGGUCCUAGGCCGUGAAGGGCUUUAAAGGUCAAAACCCAGCACCUUAAAUCUGACCCUGUACUCCACCGGGAGCCAGUGCAGCUGGAAAAGCACUGGGUGAAUAUGCUCCCAUAUAAUCCAAAACCCACUGGGCUUGACAAUAAACUUCUCUGUAGUUUUAGUUGGGAAGUUCAACUAGCAUCUGAGCUAGAAGCUUACUUGAUUGGUCCAAAUGUAACUUUCUUACUCCAAAUGAUUUGGAGGAUUGGGAGCAUGUUGUAAGCCAGCACUCCCAGUUCUUUCCUUGAUUUCCUGGUUUGAUUCCACCAUAAUUUCCCUGAGCCCAGGGCAAUGAUGGCCUACAGAUCAGGACUGGAAGCCCAGUUCUAACAGUGAUUGAUUACCGUAUUUUUUGCUCUAUAAGACUCACUUUUUCCCUCCUAAAAAGUAAGGGGAAAUGUGUGUGCGUCUUAUGGAGUGAAUGCAGGCUGCGCAGCUAUCCCAGAAGCCAGAACAGCAAGAGGGAUUGCUGCUUUCGCUACGCAGCAAUCCCUCUUGUUCUGGCUUCUGAGAUUCAGAAUAUUUUUUUUCUUGCUUCCCUCCUCCAAAAACUAGGUGCGUCUUGUGGUCUGGUGCGUCUUAUAGAGCGAAAAAUACGGUACUCAGUUGAGAUGUAACAUCACUGUUUUUCUGAUUGGGAGAAAGGGGAACACUAAGAUCCAAGACUUAGUAUGAGCAGCCAAACCAUAAGAUGGCUGUUAUAUGUGAACAAUAAGCUUCAAUAUGUUGUCAGUCCAUUUACGUAAUGAGAACAGUACUGACCUAAUAUCUUUGUCUGCAUGUUUUGUCACUUUCUACAAAAAUCUGUGCAAGUUGUAAGAUGAUUUCUUUCACAGGUUGCUGUAUGGAUUCUCCUACCCAGCUCGGCAUGAAAAACCUUGAUGAAAUGUAUGUAGUUUGUGUGUUUUGUGUGUGUGUGUGUGUGUGUGUGUGUGUGUGUGUUUUUGUGGUUUUUUUGCUUGGGGUUUUGUAUGAAACUGGUUCAGGGCAUCCUAAAAGAGUCUGCUUUGGAGCAGCUUGUGUUAAGCAAAAAAUGCAUUUGGAAGGUGUGAGAGUAUUGACUGAGUAUUUCAGAACCCUGGUACUUCAAAUUAGCAAGAGUGGUGUAAAAGGUUUUUGGUUGUAGCUCUGCAUGAUAGGUUCCCCUCUGUUUCCUGGCACAAUGUUUAUGGGAAUGUCUCAUUCUUAGACUUUAGCACUCACUCACCAACGCACAGGAGAGGGAUGUGUAUGCACUCUCACACUCGGGAACAUGUCACGCUUGCCAGAAUGUUGGGUCACUGUUGGCGUACCCAGUGUGAUAUUAUUUUAGCUAAAUGAGUCAUUACUAGGUAGUCUAUCAUUUUAGCUUGGAUGUUGAAAUUUAACUUGUAAAUCUAUGUUAAGGCAUGUGCAUCUUUUUGUUCUUGCAGUUUUAGAGUGCCCAUGCGAAGAAUGCACUCCCUCCCGGUAAGUGAAGCUUAGGAAGGAAACCUUCCUUUGUCCCUUUCUCAGCUGAAUUUCACACUAUGCAGAACUGUCAGAUUAUGUAAACUUAAUUAAUAAAGCUUGAAAAGUCUUGCAUGUUGUCUGCCAGGCUCCUGGAUAUCCCAAUGUUGACAUUAAGGGAUUUUAAUAUCUUACACAGAGCUGGAUUCUUAGUGUAUUUUUGAUUUAAUUUUACACACUUAAUUUAAUGACUGAUUAUUAUUAAUAAUAGUAAUUAUUAUUAUUCGUAUCCCACCUACCUGACUGGGUUGCCCCAGCCAAUAUAGCUUCCAGUAUAUAUAAAAACAUAAUAAAACAUUGAACCUUAAAAAGCUUCCCUAUACAGGGCUGCCUUCAGAUGUUUCUUAAAUGUUAUAUAAUUACUCAUCUUCUUACCUGAUGGGAGGGCAUUCCACAGGGUGGGCAUCACUACCGAGAAGGCCCUCUGCCUGGUUCCCUGUAGCUUAACUUCUUGCAGUGUGGGAACUGCCUGAAGACCCUCGGAGCUGGACCUCAGUGUCCUGGCUGAACAAUGAGGGUGGAGACGCUCCUUCAGGUAUAUUGGGCCGAGGCCAUUUAGGGCUUUAAAAGUCAGCACCAACACUUUAAAUUGUACUCAGAAACACACUGGGAGCCAAUGUAAAAUAUGUAUGUACUCUCUCCCAUCCUUAGGCAUGAUCACCUGAAAAAAUUACAGUUUGAAACUCCCAAAUUUGCUUAAUAUUGUAUUGGCACUCACUAGUUUUAAAUGAUGAAUUUUAUGAAACAACAAAUGCAUAGAAAUAGUGAUUUAUUCCCCCCCCCCCCCCCGUGGAAAAACAAAGCCCUGGAAAAUGUUCAGUUUUAGAAAUCCUCCUUCCCUACAUCACUUGCUCUUGUUCCGGGUCCUAGCCAGCUCUGCCCACCUCCCAAUUCAAAUCCUCCCGUUUUCUUUUUCAGCUAGCAUGCUGUGGUCCAUGGCUACUGUCAUUGGCCCAGAUUUUAUGCUUUUUUAACUGAAUUGGGUCCUGCUGUUCUGUUGGUUGCUCCUCGUGACAAAAGAGGAGAGCUGGAACCUGACUCUGCAUUUGCUUCUCUCGCCUUUGCAGCAGAGCCUUUUGGGAUGCAGUCCUGCUCUGAAGAGGAGCCACUUAGAUUUGCUCAGUUGUGAUGUCUUCCAGGGAUGUGGCCCUGAGGAGAACAAAGAGAAUGUAAGUUUAUUUCAUUAAGUUCCUAAUCUGGGGAAGAUGGCCAUGGGUAUGCCCCAAGGGCUGGAACUGACGUCCAUAUGUAAGAGGGAAGUGUAACAGGGUUAGAGUUGUAAAUGAGUGUUGCUGCAGGCACUGUGUUCCAGCAUAAGUGCUUUUUGCUGUUGUAAAAUCCUAGAUGUGAAAUACUUGAUGGAAUGUUAUUGGUAGAGUAUUCAUUUGGAUAUUUACAGGAGCACUUUCCGUGUGAUAAGAGUAACUUCAGCCAGUGUGUGGAAAAUCAUACUGAAUUGCUUCAGCCAUUUUGCUCCUUCUGUUUCCUUCCUAAAGUUGCUGGAGAAGUGCCCCAAUUAGUUUUUGUGUUUGAAUCCGAUGCUGUUUGUCCCAGGGUGGUGGUAAUUUUUCUUUUCACUGAUGUAUUCAUGGAGAACUUAGAGCCAUGAUAAAUAACUGCUUGUGGUUCUUCAUUUAAAUGUGAAUAGGCAGACAUUUUAAGCUUUGCCUAGGUGUUCCACCCGAGAUGCCUAUCCAGUCUCUGCUAUGGGCUGAACUUAUUUUCAUUAUAGGAAGAUGAGUGGGGGCGAAAAAGGUUACAGAAAGACUGGGUGUGGUAGAACAAAAGAGCUGAUCAAGAUUAGAUUUCUCUUGAACGCUGCAGGACUCUAGACCAAAGGCUCUAGAACUGCAGGUUUAUUUCCUGGCCUUUUGAGCUCUAAUGAAUUGGUAAAACGGCUGUCUUGUUCCCUUUCCCUAAGGAACCAUUUGAAUUCAAAAAGCCAACAAAGCCUGCUUCUCGUACCAGUCUACGUACCUCUUCCCUUGAAGAUGAAGGGUUGAGGCAGGAGCCCGCCACAACACUUUUGGUAUGUCCUACUCGUGUAGUCUCUGUGCUCAGCAGAAUGUCGUGGUGCUAACUACUGUGCCCAAACCUGGGACCAACUCUGUCAGAAAUGGCAGGAGAGCCUCAAAAGGCAGAAAUACUGUUAGAAAUCAAGAUUUGGAAAAAGCAUGCUUCUCCAUCAGGUGCCAGAUUGUAUGCUCAGCUCUGUGUAUGCCUGCAGUUUCUAACAAACUGCAUGGAAUGAGACAGUGUGCUGAAGAGUACAACUUGGAGCUACACAAACCAAGUGAGUCUUCAUUAUUUGCAUGCCAUGAGGACACUGGACAGCCGUCGCGGAGCCCUCAUGUAAUUAUUUGGCAAGAUCUGGUUGUGGGAGGCCACAUCUUUCGGCAUCUUGGUUUUGCAAGCAGAUUUAGCUGAUUUUUAGGCAGCUGGGUCUCUGCAUUUAGUGUAUUUGGGUUUACAGAGUUGUGAUUCUAGAUGAGAGCUACCUAAGCAAGCCAGAAGAAUGCCCUAUCUGUGAACUGCUCUUUAUUCCUUUCCUGAUCUUCUCAAAGUGAAGCCAUAAUCCUAUGAGGGAAGACAGAUUGAAUGGCAACCAAUAAAAUAUCAUUUGUUUUAGUUUCGUAGUGGAAAAGUUGACAACUAUCAAGAAAGCUUCAGUCCAGCAUUUCUGAGGCCGCUGUCUCGAGGGGCCUCAGAAACUGAGGAAGAUGAUGACAAUGAUGAUGGAUUCUUAGAGAUAAUGGAUGGUCCAGAUGUCUGCGUAAGUGAUGAUGAAAACACCUCUGUAUUAAAUACUUUAAAAACUAAAAGUUCCCUGGCUAGGUGGUUUGUGUUGGGUACAGCCAUUUUCAGCCUGUCUAAAGAUGGCCAGCACUGUAGAUACUGCACUUGAUAACUGAUAUAAGUAGGCUUUUUCAAAUUCUUUGGUUUGCCUAUUUUGGGUGAAAAUAUGGAGAUAAGAGGACUUGAGCAGUAACCUCUUUUUUUUUUUUUGUAGUAAUUCAUUGGUUGGGUUUCCAGGAGAUGAGUUCAAAGCAGCUUUCAACAGUAACAUAUAAUUAAACAGCUAAAAGGCUCUUGACUUGCUGCGUAAAUGCAAAAAGUGAUGAUACCGAAUAGCUCACCGGGGAAGGAAAUUCCAAAGAUGAUGUGCCAUAGGAAAAGUGUAUCCUUAGUCAGACCCUUUUCACCACAGGAGCAGGUGGAACACAGAGAAGGGCUUUUGAAGCACAUCUGUGGGAAAGCAAACUCAAAAUGGGAGGGAGCAAUACUGCAAAUAGUUUAGGCCAGCGACUUUUGGCCCACCAUGUGUUGCUAAGCUUCCACUUACUUCAGUGCUGACCAAUGGCCAUGCUGACUGUGGGUGAAGAGAUUUGGAGUCCCAACAAAAUCGGGUAUUUCUCACCCCUACCCUGUCUCAGAGUUUAAAGAUGAAUACCAGCACUUCUGACUACUCUAGGAAACAACACUGAAGCCCCAUGCACAUUUUGCAAGUUGAGUGUGAUGUAUUCAUUGAAAUUUGACCCACACAGCAAACUCAACACUCUAUUUUGGUCCAGUGGACAUUUCUGAGUAGUCUGCAAAUGCACUCCACAUACAACUUACGACAAUACAGUGGUGCCCCGCAAGACGAAUGCCUCGCAAGACGGAAAGGGUUUUCCGUUUUUGAGUUGCUUCGCAGGACGAAUUUCCCUAUGGGCUUGCUUCGCAAGACGAAAAUGUCUUGCAAGUCUUGAGAUUUUUUUCGCUCCCCCCCCCUUUUUCUAAGCCGCUAAGCCUUUAAUAGCCGCUAAGCCGCUAAGCCUUUAAUAGCCGCUAAUAGCGCUAAUCCGCUAAGCCGCUAAUAGGGUUGCUUCGCAAGACGAAAAAACCGCUAGACGAAGACACUCGCGGAACGGAUUAAUUUCGCCUUGCGAGGCACCACUGUAAUUUAAUUUAAUCUUGAUAAGUGGCAAAGUCGCUCCUGUCCAAGAAGAGUCACCAUUUCACUUGCUACUAAUGUUGUUUUCCCUGCUUAGUAACUGACCUUUUAAUUUUAUUUUAGAAUGAUGGUGAGAUGCCCUCUGACGUGGCCAGCCUUUGGACAGCUCCUCUAGUCAUGAAGAAAGGGGAGGAUGCCCAUGUAAGUUGGCCAUUUUAGUCUUCAUGGAGCCUGAAUAGUGCAUUUAAAACCCUUUGUUGCUUUCAGUGGAGCUUAUUUUCUGAUAUUCAAGAGGUGUUCGCUUUUAGUGCUGUUUCUCUUGAAUACAUUCAAGCAUAUGACGUCUACUCCACAGUUGUCUAUCAGUGGCUUUGGAGCUUGUGUUUCUUUGUGUGUGGUUGUGUGUUCUGGCCAAGAUGCAAGAUGGAAGUAGAGCUCCCUUCAACUUCCAUGGCCAUGCCAGUCCUUUUGGAUUCCACUUGGUGCCUUACCUUGCCAGGGAGCUCAGCUGUGGUGGGAAAUGUUGCUUUGCUCCUGCAAUGGAGGCAGCUGUUCCUUCAGCAUUUUCAGAGUGGGUGGAUGAGGUAUAAGUAAUUACUUUUGGUCAGUUGCUUUUUGGUGAUGCCUUUGGCUGCCUGGCAGGGACGCGGGUGGCGCUGUGGGUUAAACCACAGAGCCUAGGACUUGCCGAUCGGAAGGUCGGCGGUUCGAAUCCCCGCAACGGGGUGAGCUCCCAUUGCUCGGUCCCUGCUCCUGCCAACCUAGCAGUUCAAAAGCACGUCAAAGUGCAAGUAGAUAAAUAGGUACCGCUCCGACGAGAAGGUAAACGGUGUUUCUGUGCACUGCUCUGGUUCGCCAGGAUCGGCUUAGUCCUGCUGGCCACAUAAACCGGAAGCUGUACGCCGGCUCCCUCGGCCAAUAAAGUGAGAUGGGCGCCGCAACCCGAGAGUUUUCUGCGACUGGACCUAAUGGUCAGGGGUCCCUUUACCUUUGGCUGCCUGGCAGUCCUAAUGCUGCUUUGGUUUUUGUGCAGAAUAAACAGUGCAGGUUGCUGGGCAUAGAAAGCGAGCCGUACAGCAUGGCCAAAGCUGCCCUGAAGAGAACGGGACGAUCCCCAGAAGAGAACUCUCCAUAUUUCAUCAAGAGGAAAAGAAACGUCUGCAAGGCAUCUUCUGAAGAACUAACGGUUGGUGGCUGAGCACCAUACACUGACUGCAGCCUGCUCAAUUUGUUUGUGUUCAUAUUGGACUCUUAACUUCAAGCAAAGCCUGUUUGCCUUUGGUACUGGUUGUGAGAGGUGUGCUGUUCUCUGAAGGGGGUGGGAGCCUCUGAUCAGCAGGCACUCUUCUAAAUAUUGAGGAGGAAAGGGGCUUAAUGUGCAGAUGGGAACAAAUGCAGAGAUCCUUAGGGAUUUGGUUGCCAAACCAAGCAGGUGCAGGGGUGACUUGGAGGUCUGAGGGAAGGCGCUUAAUGUGUUUCUUAAAAUUCCAGCUUAUUUCCUUUUCCUUCUGACUUUCUAUCUUUCCAUGGAGUUCGUUGUAUUCCUUUGUGAUUCUCUUAGAUAAGGCAAUGCUAAUGUUUUCCUUGAGGUUUACCUUCCUCUAGUUUCAAGUCCUUCCCAUCCUUUCUGCUUGUUCUUUCUAGCAUACCUUUGGAAUAAUAGAAAACUGCCACUGCUUCUCCCCGUACUUCCCACACUUUUCACUUUUCCCCUUAACCCAGGGGUUCCAAAGUUCCCUUCUCACCAAACCCAAGCAAAAGCAGUUGUGGAAAGGAUGCUUCCGUUGCUGCAAGCUUUACAUGAACUUGGUCUUCCAUCAUCUCACAUCUGCUUUCCCCUUGUUCCUUUAGAGCCUGGUGCUAAUUGACCCAAACUCGUUUGAAAACUCAACAGAAAUAGAGAGCAUUUUGGACAAUGACGCAAGGGAUCUUAUUGGAGAUUUUUCAAAGGUAAUGCUGAUGACCUUUCCUCUUUUGCCAUUCUGUGGCUUGUGUGAGACAAGUGCAGUGCACUCAUGUGUUCUGCUGUUUUCCUCACCUUAGGGUUACCUUUUCCAUACUGUAGACGGGAAGCAUCAAGAUCUGAAGUAUAUUAACCCAGAAAUGGUAAGCAGCACAGGCUCUUCUCACAAAAAGAAAUGUUUGCUUCACAUGGAUUGCAAACUUAGCGGUAGUUUGUCUGCAGGCCACCUGUGGAGUCCAGAGAAGGAAGAGGGGUGGGUUUGUCUACGCAGCUAGACAGUUUUGUCAGUUAAAACAAGUAUUUUUUUUUAAAGUAAUGGGGUAACGUUCCCGAGGUCUAAUGCUUGACCUUUUCCUCCCCUCCAGAUUGUUGACGUGUUGAAUGGCAAGUUUUCAAACUUCAUUAAGGAGUGUGUGAUAAUUGACUGUCGAUAUCCCUAUGAAUAUGAAGGAGGCCACAUCAAGGUAUGGAGGGAGUUCAGAGGCACCUGCUUAAGACUGGCAUCCUGAUUAAUUUGGGCAUAAGCAGAAAAACAUUAGAGUGAAUCCCAAAGCUAGUAAAGGUAAAGGGACCCCUGACCAUUAGGUCCAGUCCUGACCGACUCUGGGGUUGCGGCGCUCAUCUUGCUUUAUUGGCCGAGGGAGCCGGCGUACAGCUUCCGGGUCAUGUGGCCAGCAGGACUAAGCCGAUCCUGGCGAACCAGAGCAGUGCACAGAAACGCCGUUUACCUUCUCGCCGGAGCGGUACCUAUUUAUCUACUUGCACUUUGACGUGCUUUUGAACUGCUAGGUUGGCAGGAGCAGGGACCGUGCAAUGGGAGCUCACCCCCUCGCGGGGAUUCGAACCGCUGACCUUCUGAUCGGCAAGUCCUAGGCUCUGUGGUUUAACCCACAGCGCCACCCACGUCCCUUAUCCCAAAGCUAGGCAUAUCCCCAAUACUAGGCAUUGUCACUUCUGACUAAGUUUCAACUUGUGCUGGCCCCUUUCACGGUAUCUCAAAAAACACUCACUUCAAAGGUAAGGAUUUUUAGGCCUCCUUUGCUGGGAAAGAUCCCCUUGGCUGAUUUUCCUAAAACGGGGGAGGAAGGUGUCUUUAUGGCAGGGCAGGGGAGAGAGAUCAAGUCAGGGGACAGAAGAUGUACAGUCUUACCUUGGAAGUUGAACAGAAUCCGUUCCAGAAGUUUGUUCGACUUCCGAAAUGUUUGACUUCCAGAGCGUGGCUUCUGAGCCGAUUGGAAGCCAUGGAAGCCCUGUCGGACCUUCAGCUUCCAAAAGAACGUUUUGCAUUCUGGUGGGAGGCUGAACAAAAAGUAACUGCUUUUAUACAGAGCCAUUGUAGUGACGUCUGAGAGGAUGCAGUGAUGCUGGAGAAAACUGAAUAGCAUAUUACGAAGCAUCUGUUUGGUGUUCUCUGCUUCUAGACGUCCUAUUUAUAACUUGGGCUAGGGAGAGGAAGAUGGGCCACAUCAGAUUUGAUGAAGUGAAGGGCCAUAAGGGCUGACCAAAGUUGUUGACCUUUUUUUAGGAUUGUAGUUGUUGAGGUUUUUUCACCCCAGGAACUAAACUGCCACAGGGGCCAGAUUGGGCUGCCAAAACAGACUUUGGACAUGCCUGCCCUUUUCAUCUUCUAAGACUAAGUUAUCAUGACAGAUCUCGAGUGAAUAUGGAUACUGUUUUAAUGCAGUGUUUGGGGCAACAGGUCCUGUUGGGUGCUGUGCCAUAACGAGCACACAACCCGCAAUCGACCUGCCUUCUCUCACCAGUGUCUCUUCCUUCUCAGGGUGCUGUAAACCUUCACAUGGAAGAGGACGUGGAGGACUUUUUGCUGAAGAAGCCCAUCGUGUCAUCGGACGGCAAACGAGUCAUCAUCAUUUUCCACUGCGAGUUCUCUUCAGAGCGGGCCCCGCGGAUGUGAGUACAUGAAUGCUCCCCUUUGCAUAGGUUGGGAACUUGGAGGACUUGUGGUGUUACGUGGAGACGUGAUUGGAUGGACAAUAACUGAUACUUAAUAGUGGAAUAGGGUAGGUGAGAAUUGAUAGCCCAAGAAGAUAAUGAGACUAGGCGGGUACAGGAAUGGAAGGGUUUUAAGAAGCAGGCGCUGGUGCAUUCCUAUGCGCUCCAAGCAUUUCUUUAAUAAUUGUCAUUUUGAUGCUUCGCGUUACAACCCCCCUCCUGUUAGAAAUGACAUCCACACACAUCACUUACGGAGGGUUUUGAGGCUCUUUCCCAUCUGUUACAGGUGCCGAUUUGUGAGGGAGAGAGACCGACUUGGCAACAGCUACCCCACUCUGCAUUAUCCUGAACUGUAUGUUCUAAAGGGAGGAUACAAGGAUUUCUUCUUAAAAUGCAAAGUAAGUGUCUUUUUACCCAGCUUCCGUUUCUCUUCCUUGUGUCUUUAUUGCAUGAGUGCCGUGACCUACCUUCCUGAAGCUCAAGGUGGUGUAGAUGGUUUCUCUCUCUGUCCACAAAACAUUGUUGUGUGUGAGAGGGAGUGACUGUCCCCAAACCCCAGACAAUUCACUUAAUGGCUAGGUGGGAAUUUAGCAACCUAGCUGUUCUAGCUGUUGCAGUGUGCAGGUGUUCUUUGUGUAGGGUGAAAAGCAGUUCUGUGCUAGGAAAACCAGAGUUAUGAACUCUGUAUAAAAUAAUUGGAUCGAGCGCUUCUUGAUUUCCCACCUCCUGUGUCAACCUAGGGAGAAAGGAAAAGUGAUGGCUUUUUUAGGUGACAGAAAUGGACGCUAAGUAGGACUUCAGCACCCUGAAGAUCAGUGCGGAAUACAUUUAUACAAGGGCUGUCAAUGAAUCACAAGUGGCCCCAGAGAUUUUAUGGGUCUUGCAUAAUCCCCUUUUUUCCUUUCAGAGCUACUGUGAGCCCCAAGCCUAUCGCCCGAUGCACCACGAAGACUUCAAGGAAGACCUACGCAAAUGCCGCACGAAGAGCAGGACCUGGGCUGGUGAGAAGAGCAAAAGGGAACACUACAGUCGCCUGAAGAAGCUCUGAGAGCCGCAAGAAGGGCAGCCAGAUUUAGCCUGCCUGCCUGCCCUGUGGGUGAAAGCGGGGACACGUUAACUUCUCCAUGUGCCUCGCAGGAAUUGUUCACUCCUUGCAUGGGCUUUGCUUCACCGUCUACUGAAUCACUUCAUGCAAGAACAAGCGGAGUCCACGGACUGCCAUAUUGCAGGCAUGAACCCUUCAGGCGUUUGCGUUCUGUCCGUGAAUCCAGGGUUUCCCCGUAUGCUUCUGAAGACAAUCCAUUUAAACAGUGUGUAUACGGGAAUCAGGGUAGCAUAUAACUGCCGAGCGGAGUGUCGAUCAUGAGAUUUUAAUGUCGAUUUUACAAAUUGUGCCUUUUUAUGUUAGUACAGCCGUAUGAAGCUAAUUUACCUGUGACUGGGUUUCCCGGGUUGUGUCAUGGCCCUAAUUUUGUACAAGGGGCAAUGAGCAGGGAGGGGUUUUUUUGAGACCUGACCCCACCCUCUGAGCCGCAGCUCUGAUAUUGCCAGCAUUCUCUUACCAUGUGGAGGAGGGGUGUUGGAAGUAUUUUCGUGGAACUUGCAUAGGCUUCCUGUAAUGAAGUAUUUAUCUGCUGCCAAAGAGGAAGCUGUUUUAUCAUGUUCUAACUUAUUCUUGGACCUUGUCGUCACCUUAAACUUAGUUGCUUUUUAAUGCGUAGGUGUGACAUUUUACAUGUGCGACGCCUGGAGUGACCUGGUGUCAAAACAGCUUGUCAGUGUUCCAAUUCAAACUGCAGUCCCUGCAUAUAUACAGUCACACACCCUGUGUGCUCGGCUGUGAUUGUGGCAUCCUUCUAGGGCAGCCUCAACCUCAUGCCCUCCAGAUAUUUUGGGCGGCAGUUCAGGCUGGGACAGGUGGCUGUUACAGUUCAGAACAUCUGGUGGGCACCAGGUAGGCGAAAGCUGACAUAGAAGGUAAAUCUGGCCUGGAUAGAUCAUGCUGUGUGUUUCUCCUUCCUCCAACUGUCCCCAACAGAGGUUUGCUAACCCUUUUUAAAGAAUUCGGCUCCCAAAUCACUCCCUCAUGCCUUAUUGGAAGGGUGCUGGGAGGUAGGAUGGGAGUGAGUCUUCAUCCGCCCAGUGAGGAAUCAAUGGCUUUCUUCUUUUAAGUGUGUAAGUUACACGACUGUUUGAGGAGUGUUGGCCAAAACAAAUUCCGAGCUGCUUUAAAUUGCUCCAGUUACCAGUGUAAACCCUGGGGGCAGAAGGAGAUGGAGCAGCUCAGAGGCUAUGUUGUGCCUGGCCAGAAAGUAUUACAAGCCAGCUUACUUCUAAACCUUAGGGGGAGAACAAGUGUUAUUUAGGGGGAAUUAGUAUUGCAAGCUAUACUUUUCCGUAAUUGUGUUUUGGUCUUUGAAACAAUCCUUCAGAUAUUAUAAGAAAUCAGUCAGUGGCUAAACUCAACCAUGAGGUUGGGACGUUUUCUGCUUCAUAUUUGUGCAGAUGUUUGGUUUUUGGCGAUGUUGUUCCAUAUGCUCAAACCCCUUGAGCUGUGAUGCAAUUCCGUGUCUGCAUCAGAUCUAAAAUACCACCCCCUAGUUUGUUUGCUCUGUUGUUACUUGGCCUCUGUGCAGGUGAUCAGCAGAUACCUCCAAACGGGGCGGGAUUAGGAGCCAGAAUGCAAGCGAGUCCUCCCAUUCAGUGGCAAGGAAGGCUGCAGUCUUCAAUCAGAGGUGGUGCUUGAAUGGGGUGAAUUGCCGUAGCGAAAGUCCAGGCUUUUGCCCUUUCUGCGACAGGGACCAGCGGUCUGCCAGACCAUUCUACUGUUUCCUUGCUGGCUGCUUCCUGUGAACAUUCCCAAAAGUGUUUAUUCCACCUCCCCAAAGCACACUUCCUGGUAUUUGGAUAUGUAUUGUUUGUUCAAGUUGCUGUUUGUCUUUUUAAUUUGACAUUUGCACAUAAUUCAUUUAAGGGUAGGAAAAACAGUGUGCUUUUUAAUGUAUUGUGAAUUUUUGGAAGGGCGACGGGGACAUUUUAAACGACACUGGUCCUAAUAAGGGCCUUGGCUGAAAUCACCUGCUUCUGUGGCCUCGGGAAAUAAAAUGCCCAAUACACAAGCGCUGUUUCUUUUGCCUUUUGAGCAGCUGGUACUAGAUAUGGUCUAACAAGAAAGGCCUGUCAAAAACACCUGAUACGACCGUACAAAACCUGCAUGACGUUUUGGUGGGAUUAAAUCACAACUUUAUUUACAUCUUCCUGAGGAGCAGUGGCUUGUUUUGCAUUCCCCUGGGCUCAGUUGAACAGUUUUAAGUAAAUUGUUUUCUGAUUUGCAUGUGGAUUUAGGAGGGUCUGGUGGGUGGUAGAAGGCCCUGCUUUGGGUUUGGUGGAGCACGUUGUGCAAACUUCAUCUUGUCGGUACAUUGAACCUUCCACUUUUAACUUUGUUUUUCCACCCCAUGUGUGUUUAAUUUUGCUGGUGGAGAUGACUUAAAAGUGAGGGGAAGAGAUGCCAGGGGCAACAAGUCCAGGGCUGAACUCCUGCAGAGAUCUUGUUCAAUAAGCCUUGACUGGUCCUUAUUGCCUCUUAGGCAGGAUCUUUUAGAGGGAGUCCCACCCAGGUGGGGACUUACAUGCUUCUGCUGCGCUUGGGAUGAGGCCACUGUGCUCUCAAGUGGCUUCUUGAAAGUUUGUGGGUAGUGCUAAAUACCACAGUUCCAUCUGCUCAUAUGAAAUCUGAGCAGAGGGUGAUCUGACUCUAAACAUUUGCCAGUUGUUUAAAGAUAAUCUAACAGAAGAAUUUUCAUCUGUUCAGGAGAAGCUGUGGUAUUUUGAAAGAGAUGGCAUGCUGCAAUUACUUAAUUGGUUAAUCUGUUCAAAAGCAAAAGACUAGUAACAGUUCCCCCUAAGGAGCUGGUUGAUGCUUCCAUUUUCAGUGAUGCUAUGGGUCUACGCUGUGUGUGUCCAAGUCCCCACUUGGUGGUGCUGCUGUUCCAAGCUCUAAAAAUCUUGUGUGUUUCAGCUCUGUGGGCUAGAAAAGGAGUUGUACACUUGUUCAUUAUUCCUUCUCACAGUGGCCUUGUGACUGUUCACCAUGGUUCCUGUAUUUACAGAAGGUGAUUUGUUCAGGGCAAUCCAUGAUGCGUGUUGUUGACAGAGGAUUUAAACUUCUACUUUUUUUUAACUUAAUAAAUUCUGUAAGGAUGUCUAAAAUGAGAACCUCUACUGUUGCACAGUGUCAGAAGAAAGGAGGAGUAUAACAUGCAGGCCUCUUCUUUAGCUCUUUGAGUUCAUUAGUCAGAUGCAGAAUGAGAUAAAGAUCAAGCAAUUCUCUGUGUGUUGGAAAUGCAAUCUCAG